GAAAAAAAAGAUACCUUCUUGAUUAAUUCUUCUAAUUCCAAUUCCAUGGCUUCGCUCGAAUUUCCCGUCGCACCUUCACCUUCUUUACUAUAUCCCACACUUCUUCCAACUUGUGCUGCUAUUUUAGAAUAACUAAAUUUUUAUUUUAAACACCAAUACAUGUGAGAAAAUGGCCGAUAUUAACUUCACAAAAAAGAGCCUUUUGCGACCACAUACUUCUACAUUACCAGGAAGUGUAAAACCGGUUGAAACGAAAACUGGUGCUACAAAAUUGGUAAUUGGAGCAACAUACUCUUAUGGACAAACCGUAUCGAUAAAUAAUUCUGAUGGUUUAAGAUACUUACAAUCUCAGUCACCACAAUCGCCUCGUCGUGAACCAUCUCCAAAUCCAUCCGGAAGUGCAUUUUCUUCUGAUGCAAAUGAUGAUAUAUCAGAAAUAGAUUCAUCCAUAGAUAAAUUAAGAGAUCACAAUCGUAUUAAAGAAUCUCAAACAAAGGAAGUUGAUGAUGAGAAAGUGUCAGUAGUAAUAAGUUCUGAUCAAUCAACACUCGUUGAAAAAAGCUCUAUUGGGCUUAAACCUAAUAUCGAUUUACUAAUUAAAGGCAAUAGAUUCGAUGAAACUCUCAGACUCAACUGUCAGUCGACUAGAUGAAACACAAAGGUUGAGAUUCGAAAGGUGUCUUAACAAAUUCAAAGAUGUAUUGCAAAGUGCAAAUAUCGAUUUGGGAAUAU